GGAAGCUUAACCCAUUGCUUCUUCAACCCCAUUUCCUUAUUCUCCGCUCUUACUCUCAUAACCAAAUUCUUCUUGUUGAAAUUAUAUCCCAUCAGUCAUCCUCCAUAACCUUCCCUCACCUUCCAAUUCGCCUCUGAGUACUCCGAGUAUGGCAUCAGCCGUAGAGCAGGCUACGGCCUACAAGAACGAUGGCAACAAAGCCUUCGCCGCUCACAACUGGCUCGGCGCUAUAGACCUCUAUUCCAAGGCCAUUGACUUAAACGACAAGGAGCCCACCUAUUUCACCAACAGAGCACAAGCGCAUAUUAAAUCCGAAGCUUAUGGCUAUGCCAUUGCCGAUGCUACCAAAGCGAUAGAACUGAAUCCAAAAUUCGUCAAGGCUUACUUCCGUCGUGCCGUUGCCUACGCCGCCAUACUUAAGCCAAAGGAUGCCGUCAAGGACUUCAAGAAAUGUGUCGAGCUCGACCCGAAUAACAAGGACGCAAAGCUCAGACUCGCCGAAUGUCAAAAGAUUAUUAGACAACUAAAUUUCUAUGCUGCCAUCGAAGUCGGUGAUGAGCCUUCUGCCGCUGAAGGCCUCGAUGUUGAUUCCAUUGCUAUCGAGCCAGACUACGACGGUGUACAGCUCAAGGACCAGAUGACCCAGGAAUUCAUCGAUGACAUGAUCGAGAGGUUCAAGACCGGUAAAAAGAUCCACAAGAAAUAUGUCUACCAAAUCGUCAUCGCCGUCAAGAAGAUCGUUUAUGACGAGUCCACAAUGGUGGAGAUAAAAAUUCCCGAAGACAUCAAGUUCACAGUUUGCGGCGACACGCAUGGUCAGUAUUUCGACCUGAUGGAGCUCUUCAGGUUAAACGGUCGUCCGUCAGAGAAGCACUGGUACCUGUUCAACGGCGACUUCGUAGAUCGAGGUUCAUGGUCGACAGAAAUCGCCCUGCUUUUGUACGCAUAUAAAUGGCUACGCCCCAACGGCAUGUUCCUCAACAGGGGCAACCACGAAACAGACGACAUGAAUAAGGUGUAUGGAUUCGAAGGCGAGUGCAAGGCCAAAUAUAACGAACGUGUCUUUAAGCUAUUCUCCGAAAGCUUUUCUGCAUUACCCUUAGCAACGCUCAUUGGAGACAAGUACCUUGUCCUACACGGUGGUCUAUUUUCGGAUGACAACGUGACUCUAGAUGAUAUUCGAAAGGUGGACAGGCAUACCCAGAGACAACCGGGCCAAUCCGGAUUGAUGAUGGAAAUGCUGUGGACAGACCCUCAAAAGGCGCCUGGCCGAGGUCCCAGCAAGAGAGGCGUGGGUAUGCAGUUUGGACCGGACGUGACGAAGAGGUUCUGCGAAAAGAAUGGUCUGGACGCGAUCAUCCGAAGCCACGAAGUGCGUAUGGAUGGUUAUGAGGAGGAGCAUGAUGGCAGGUGUAUCACAGUCUUCUCCGCACCGAAGUACUGCGACCAGACCGAGAAUAGGGGCGCCUACAUCAACAUUAGCCCCAGCUACAAGCUCGACUUCCACCAAUUUGACGCCGUUCCUCAUCCACCAAUUCGGCCAAUGGCAUACGUAAAUAACUCGCUCAUGUCGUCGAUGUAAAUGUGAAGCGCUUCUCAUGGUUGCAUGUGCUGAUGUUGCAUGAUGUGAUGGCAUAAGACGGCAUAAGAUGGCAUUUUCGCAUAUAUGGCAUUAGGUAUAUCAUUGGGGGAAGCAUUGGCGUUGUAGGAUAUUGGAGAGGG